AUGGAAUCUUUCCUGAAAGGCAGGCAGGACAACAGCCCUGCAAACAGCUCCUUGGAGCAGCCUGCAGAUGUACAGUCCCCCAGAUUGCCCAUCCUGGGACGCAGCGGACAGGAUCGUGUUCAAGUUGGCUGUCGGGAACUGAGAUCCACCAAGUACAUUUCCGAUGGCCAGUGCACCAGCAUCAACCCACUGAAGGAGCUGGUGUGUGCUGGUGAAUGCCUCCCUUUGCCGCUGCUCCCCAACUGGAUUGGAGGAGGUUAUGGAACCAAGUACUGGAGCAGGCGGAGCUCACAAGAGUGGAGAUGUGUCAAUGACAAAACUCGCACCCAGAGGAUCCAGCUUCAGUGCCAGGACGGAAGUAUAAGAACCUACAAAAUAACUGUGGUCACGGCCUGCAAGUGCAAGCGAUACACCAGGCAGCACAACGAGUCCAGCCACAACUUUGAGGGAACCUCUCAAGCAAAACCUAUCCAGCAUCACAAAGAGCGGAAAAGAGCCACUAAAUCCAGCAAACAUAGCACAAGUUAGAAGUCAGACAUUCUCUCCUCACUCAUCUCCCUCUCCUUGUGCCAAAAUUGAACUCACCUAUAACCAUUUGCUUUACCAUUCUGACUGCUUAAAGACAAGUCUGCCAUUGCUGUGUUCAGUUGAUACUACAUGCUUAUUGCUUUGACCAAAAUCAGAAGGGCAUUCUCAGCAUAUGGACCUUUUGGGUGAUUUUCCGAACACUCAAGAUGGGAAUGACACAAGCCUUCCAAACCCACACAAUGAACUUUUAUGUUUUCUCCAGUCAUGGAGGCAAAGAAACUUUGCCAUGAAUAUUCACUGAAGUCUAUUUUGUAAAAAGAUGCUUUGUUGUGUGUUUUCAUGAGAACAGUUAUCAUGUCUAUUGCCUUCUCUAUCAUGUUUUAUGAACUUCUGAAAACAGCUUAAAAAUACAACACCUAGUAUGUGCUUUGAGAUUCAUUCUAAACAAAAAUGCCUUGCAUGCUGACCUUUCUCUUAUCAGUACCUUUCUCUUUCUCAGUAUACCAAAAAUUAAAAUAUGCAUGGCAGCAAUCAAAAAGCAAAGCUGAACAAACUAUUUAUUUGUUGUUGUAAUUAUUUAAUGAGCUUUUAUGUGUGUUAUUUCCCUCCAGAACGUUCUUAUGUUUAUAGCUUUUGUCAUGUAUCAAAGUAUUUUUCUAUGAUUUGUGGCUGGAUUAGAACAUACAUUUUGUAGAUAAUGUAAAAUAGACAUUUUAGCAUUCUUGGUAUAUAUAUUUCCAUUUUGAACAUCCAUAGCUUUAGGUGUUAUUUUGAAGUAGCAACAUAAAAAUCAUUGGUUUGUUUUUUCUUUUUCACUCUACACUCUGUAUUAUUUUUGUUUACAAGUGUGCAAUCAAAAGACAGAUCUGGUGACUUCCUGUCAAAUCCAUUGUUUGUUUCAUUUUGGCUUUUUUACAAGAAUAAACAC